AUGGGUAAAGAAGAUGAGAUAGUAAACCGAAAAAAUAUGUUUAAAAGGAUUUUUGAACAACACAUUGUUAGGAGUAAAAAAAGGGCAAAGAUCAAUUUAAGAAUAGUUUAUGGAUCUGAGGGAUUUACUACAUACCGAAAAGCGAAAGAAUUUUUAAAUGAAUUAAUACAUUUUUUCAAGGACAUAGAGAAUAUCUGUAAUGAAAUAAAUGGAAUAAUAACAAAAGAAGGAGGGGAUCAUUACACUGCCAAUGGAAAGGUGAAUGAAGUAGAUCAUGAUGAUAAUGCUGAUAGUGAUCAUAAUGCUGUUAGUGAUCAUAAUGCUGAUAGUGAUGAUGGUGGAUUAAUGGACUAUUUUAAAGAGUACUCAAAAUUGUUAGAAAAAAAAAAAAGUGGGGGGGAGAGAGAGCAAAUCAAUUCAUUGCAUGCGGACGAUGAGAAAGAACAAAAUGGAGGCAUAAAAGAAUUUGAAAAAAGGAGAAAUAAAUGCAGCAAUAAUUUUGUGAAUUAUGCAGACAUUUGCAUAAACACGAACAUUUGUACAGUUAAUUUCGAUUUUUUAAAUGGAAAUGAAUUUAACGAUUAUAACUUUUUGGAAAAUACAAAUGAGUAUGAUUUAAAUGUUUUAUUAUUAUUUGUGAGUACAUCUAGCUAUGGCUCAUUCCCCAGUAAUUGCUACAAGUUUGAGCAAUUAUUGGAAGAUCUACACAAUGAUUUCAGAAUUGAAAAGAAUUUUUUAAAAAAUAUUUUUUAUAGUUGUAUAGGAUUUGGUAACAAGCAAUAUGGAAAUAACUAUUUUUGUGCACCAGCUAAAAAGUGUGAUAAGUAUCUUUCCAAUUUGGGUGCUCAGAGGUUAUUUAAAACGUUAAAAUUUUGUGAUGAAGAAAAUAACGAAGAUUUAUUUCAUAUAUGGAAAUGUAGUAUAUUUAAGACAAUUAGUUUGGGGAUACUUUUCUACUGUUUUAAUUAUACCCAAUUGUUUACAUUCAUGUCUUACGCAGAUAGAAAAAUCUAUAGUUCCUUGCACCAUUACUGUUUCUUUUUUUCUGCAAAAGCGAACAGCAAAUGGAUAAAGGGGAAGGACUCGAAAAUAAAAAGGAAAACUGAAAUUAUCCCUAUUCGAUUAACGCAAGCGGGAAAGAAUCCACUUGAGAUUGAAUAUUCUCAUGAACCCUCUGAAAAAAAUAAUCUCCAAAUGUUGAAUCAGUCCAAAUUGGAUCAUGCCCUCCGAAAUGGUGGUUCUAACAAUGCUACUCUGAAUGAGUGUGAAAAAUAUAUCACAGAUGUUCGUAAACCUCCAAACAUUAACGAAUGUGAAGAUGAAGCAACAAAUAAUACAAUACCUAAUGGCAGAAGAGAAAGGGAGAAUAAUGACAACCAUAGUAGUAGCAUUUCUGUGUGCAGCAGUGGUGAUGAAUUAGAAGAUCUCAUAACAGAUAAACCAAAAGAUAUGCUUUCAUCAAAGCAACGAAAUAAACUAGUAAAGGAAGGAUAUAAAAUUAUAGGUUCCCAUAGUGCAGUAAAGUUAUGUAGGUGGACGAAAUCACAAUUAAGAGGUAGAGGUGGAUGUUACAAGCAUACAUUUUAUGGUAUAAAUUCAUAUCAAUGUAUGGAGGCAACACCUAGCUUAGCAUGUGCGAAUAAGUGUGUUUUUUGUUGGAGACAUCACAAAAAUCCUGUUGGAACUGGAUGGAAAUGGAAUAAAGAUGCUGCAGAAAUGAUAGUAGCAGAAGGUAUUGAAAAACAUAAAGGUAUGAUUAAAGAAUUGAAAGGUGCACAUGGAGUUAUUAAAGAAAGAUUUGAUAAUGCAAUGAAUGUUAGACAUUGUGCUUUGUCAUUAGUUGGGGAACCAAUAAUGUAUCCAGAUAUUAAUAAAUUAAUUGAUGAGUUACAUAGUAAAAAUAUAUCAACUUUUUUAGUUACGAAUGCCCAAUUUCCAAAUGAAUUACAGAAAUUACAUAAAGUAACACAACUUUAUCUUUCCAUUGAUGCAUCUAAUGAAGAAGCUUUAAAAAAUAUAGAUAGACCAUUAUUUAAAGAUUUCUGGGAUCGAUAUAUAAAAUGUAUUAAACUUUUGAGAAAAAGAAAAGAAAGAACUGUGUUCAGAUUUACAUUAGUAAAAGAGUACAAUAUGAUGAAUGACGAAAUUUUAAGUUAUUCGAAAUUAAUUGAAUAUGGCUACCCAGAUUUUAUAGAAAUAAAAGCUGUAACUUAUUGUGGUUCCUCCGAUGGAUAUCAAUUGACUAUGAAAAAUAUUCCAUGGCAUGAAGAAGUAUAUCAGUUCGCGUACAAUUUAAUACAUGCAAAUUCGUACUUAUUGGACACUUAUGAAAUUGCAUGUGAACAUAGACACUCAUGUAGCAUUUUAAUUGCAAAAAAAAUUUUUAAAAUAAAUAAUAAAUGGCAUACAUGGAUUAAUUAUGAAACAUUUCAAUUUCUAGUGAAGCACAAUAAAGACUUUACAGCAACAGAUUAUUGUGCCGAAACACCCUCCUGGGCAAUCGUGGGGGCAGAAGAACGUGGUUUCAACCCGUGUGAUGAGAGGGUAUACACAAAGGGGAAGAAAAAAAAUAAAGCACCUCACACGGAAGAUAACAAUGUUCAAUGA